AUGGCCGAACUUAGGAUGGCCUUGAAUGUCACCUCAUGUGACAAUGAAGAAUAUAGAAGAACCAUGGAAGCCUUGAGGAGAGAAACACACGAGAAUGUUGAAAGAAUAGAAAGAAGAAUUGUUGAAGGUCAAGCUCCACGUCGUGAGAUGAAUGGACAAAGGCAUGAUGCUUUUGUAGAUGGAGUAGAGACAAGUGUGACCGAAUCUAUGCAUGAUUCUAUGCAUGAACCACCAAGAGUAGAGGUGAGAAGAGGAGGACGGGUAGAGCAUGGUAACGUGGCCGUUGAAAGAUGGAUUCAUGGUGGAAGCCACCAUGGGAGUCCAAGCUUGAGGGGAAGACCACAAGAUGUGAGAUACGAGCUACCUAGAUAUGAAGAGGGCCAUGAGGCCGAGCAUGAGUAUGAAGAAGAGAGGCCAUUUGGCCAAGACCACCGCGAGAAUAGAAGACGUGACCACUAUGCAAGACAUGGAGACCGACAAGGGAGAAGGUUUGGUGAUGAUUUCCAUGACGAGAGAUGGGGAAACCGGGACAAUGACCUGGGACCCAAGAGGCCAAAAGUGGACUUUCCCAAGUUCACUGGGGGGGGGGGGGGCGACCCCUAUGAAUGGCUUGACAAGGUUGAUCAUUAUUUCCACACCUACGAAGUUCCAAGGAGGGAGAGAGUCUCCACGGCCUGUUUCUAUUUGGAGGGCAAGGCGAGUAAGUGGUGGAGAUGGAUUAGGGAUCAAUACGAAAAAGAUGAGAAAAGAUUGAGAUGGACCAUGUUUGAGAAAGAGUUCCUAUUGCAAUUUGGCCCGUCACCCACAAUUAACCACCAUGGUCAAUUGGCUAAAUUAAAACAAGAGGGAAAGGUUCACCAUUACAUAGAAGAAUUUCGGCAACUACAAACACUAGUGAGGGGAUGGUCCGAAGAGGCACUCAUUGGUACAUUUGUUGAUGGUUUGAAGCCUUGGCUAGCCAAGGAGAUCAAAUUGAAGCAACCAAUACGGAUCCAAGAAGUAAUGAGGAUGGCCGAAAUCCUUGAAGAGAGUGAUAACAUGGAGAGAAGAUUCUCCAAGGACGUGGGGAACAAAACCUCAAAAACUUUGCAAACCAAAGCACCUUGGAAGCCGAAGGUGGAGAUGGAGUUUUCUAAACCUAAACCCUAUGAGGUUAAGAAACUCUCUAGAGAAGAAGUCCAAGAAAGAAUCAAGAAGGGGCUUUGCUUCAAAUGUGGUGACAAAUGGAGCAAGGAACACAAGUGUAAGGCCGGCCAAGCAUAUGUGUUUCUUGUGGAUGAAUCAAAUGAAGAAGGAGAAUAUGAUAGCAAUGAAGAGACGACUAGUGAGGAAACGGAUCGUGAAGAGGCCAAAUCUAAUGAACCAAUAGAGGAGGCCGAAUUGUCCUUGAAUGCCAUUUCGGGUAUUCCUAGACCUACAUCCAUGAAAAUUGGAUUGAAGCCGUGUGUCAUUGAACCCUUUGAAGUGAAAGUUGCCAAUGGGAACAAGCUUAAAUGUGAAGCACUUGUGAAGGAAGUAAGGAUGAAUGUGCAAGGUGUGAGAAUAGUGGCCGAUCUUCAUGUUCUAGCACUUGUUGGCCUUGAUGUAGUGAUCGGCAAUGCAUGGCUUAAGGGUCUUGGAAGGGUCAUUCAUGAUUACCGCAAUAUGAUCAUGGAAUUCAAACUUGGGUCCAAGAAAAGAGUGUGGAAGGCCUUGACAACGAAUGAAGUAAAAGCUUGUGAGGCCAACAUGUUUGAGAAGUUGUGCAAAGGAGGGGCUUAUGGCUUUGCCAUUGUAAUGGCCAAGGAUGAGUCCUUAUGUAAUGUGGAAAAGAGUGGAAGUGAAGGCGACAAAGAUGAAUUAGAGGGGCUGCCCGUGGAGGUGAGAGAUGUAUUGGAAAGCCAUCGGGGAGUUCUAGAGGUGCCUUCCACAUUGCCACCAUCUAGACCCUUUGAUCACCGAAUUGUGUUAGUGGAUGAAACCAAACCGGUGAAUGUAUCACCCUAUCGAUAUGCCCAUUUCCAAAAAGGGGAGAUUGAGAGGCAAGUGGAUGACAUGUUGAAGAAUGGGUUGAUAAGGCCAAGCACUAGUCCAUUUUCUUCUCCCGUUCUCUUAGUGAGGAAGAAAUAUGGGACAUGGAGGUUUUGUACCGACUAUAGGGCUUUGAAUGAGGCCGCGGUGAAGGAUAGAUUUCCUAUUCCAACCGUGGAUGAGAUGAUUGAUGAAUUGCUUGGGGCAACGGUGUUUUCCAAGUUGGACUUGAGGGCGGGCUAUCACCAAGUGAGGAUGAAAAGUGAAGACAUUCACAAGACGGCCUUUAGAACACAUUCCGGGCACUUUGAGUAUCUUGUGAUGCCUUUUAGAUUGUGUAAUGCUCCAUCCACCUUCCAAGCCGCCAUGAACACCGUUUUCAAACCACUCUUGAGAAAGUUUGUGUUAGUUUUCUUUGAUGACAUCUUGGUUUACUCCAAGACCAAGGAAGAGCACAAGGGCCAUUUGAGGAUAGUGAUGGAAAUUUUGGAGGAGCACCACUUUUUCAUUAAGGCUUCCAAAUGUGCCUUUAUGGAGAAAGAGCUUGAGUAUCUUGGUCACUACAUUUCGGGUGAAGGAGUAAAAUGA